CAGAAUUAGACCUCGUUCCUCCUUCAUUCGUUCAGGAGGGAGCAAGAAAAAUGGGAGAAAAAUCAUGGAUCAUUAACGUGAACGAUAAAGUCGGCCAUCUAGCGGAUAUCACAGAAACUGAGAUGAAGGAUUGGGAGCAGCAUUCAAUCUAUAGACUACCCGCCUGUGUCACUGAUCUGAACAAGAAUGCAUACAAGCCCCGGGCAAUCUCUUUUGGUCCGUACCAUCAUGGCGAGCCGAAUUUGGAGCCAAUGGAAGUCCACAAGGAAAGAGCUCUGCUUCAUUUUCUCAACAGAUCAGAGAAAUCUCUGGAGGACUACAUUGGCCCAUUACGUGAAGUUUUGCAAGACCUGAAGGACGCAUAUGACAUCCUGGACGAUGAAUGGCUACAAAACUCAGAUGCAUUCUUGGAGCUGAUGAUUCGGGACGGCUGUUUCAUGAUAGAGGUUUUGAGGACAUCAUUCGCUGAUACUCAAACUGGCGUGGUUGAUUAUGCUCACAACGAUCCCAUCUUCAGCAACCACGGCAAGCUCUACAUGUUGCCUUAUAUAAAGCGCGACAUGUUGAUGAUCGAAAAUCAGUUGCCCAUGCUGCUUCUUAAAACCUUGCUUGCCGUUGACAAUCAAAAUGCACAGACAGACGAGGAGUCCAUCAAUAACCUCAUCCUCAAAUUCUACUUUCCCCACAGCCGCCCAAAAAUAUUGGGCAAAUGCAUGCAUGUAUUAGACGCUUAUCGAAGGAUCCUGUUAUGGACAGAGCCCGAUAGCCAAAAGCCAACACGAGGCGUUUGCAAAAGGGGCCCUGAUGACAUCCUCUCCGCAAGAGAGCUCGAAGAAUCUGGAAUCCGAAUCAGAAAGAGCGACAGCACAAGCCUGAAUGACAUCCAUUUCGACUGUGAUACCGGCAUCCUUAGGCUUCCACAGAUUACAGUGGACGAUGUCAGCGAAACAAUGUUCCUAAACCUAGUAGCUUUCGAGCGAUUCCACGUUGGUGCGGGGAAUGAAGUGACUGACUACAUCUUCUUCAUGGACGAAAUCAUCGAUAACGCCAUGGAUGUGAACAUUUUACAGAGACAUGAAAUCAUCGAGAAUGCAUUUGGAAGUGAUAAAGCUGUUGCAAAAUUGUUCAACUCGCUCACCCAAGAUGUUGCACUGGACGAACAUAGCAGCUUAACUGCGGUGCGCGAGACGAUUAACGGCUAUUGCAAAACAAAGUGGCAUAAGUGGCGAGCAGCUCUUAUCCAGACUUAUUUCAGGAGCCCAUGGGCUUUGAUUUCUGUUGUUGCUGCCAUUGUUCUGUUUGCUCUCACCAUAGCUCAGACUGCAUAUGGCGCCCUCCAAUACUAUGAGGGCCUGGACAAUAGUCCAUCCCCACCUGUACCCCCACCGCAUAGAAGUUGAUUAUUUCAUCUUCGAUUUCCUUGUCCUAAUUAUUUUUAUUUCAUUUCCAGUGAUUAAUGAUCUAUGGUGCAUUACUGGUGAUCUAUGGUGCAUUACUGGUAAGGCUGAUUCGGUCAUGCACUGAUGUUGCUAGAUCAGCGACACCCUUGAUCGUGUUGCCUAAUUUGUGUGUUACGCUUCAGUGUUCCCGUUGAGGGACUGUUUUGAUUGGAGGAUUUCCGGGUGGAAAUCCCUGGAGUGUUUUGCUGUAAUCUUGAUAUUUUUUACUCUAAAUCGUCAUUUAAACCCAAAUGGA